CUUCCUCAUUUUGAUGAUGGCAGCUCAGGUCUUGGUGCUGGCCGUGGCCACAGUCUUCACGGCGUCCACAGCAUCAGCUAAGGCACAGAACUACAACACCUUACCAAUAAUCACAGAUGGAGCACAGAUCGUGAGGACAGAUCCAAACUUGUCCUUCAAUUACCGCUACGAAGUGAACGCGGCCGAGACAGGCGACCAGAAGACACACGAGGAAACUCUGGAUAAUGGAGUUGUUGUGGGCUCCUACUCCGUCCUCCAGCCCGAUAAUACCUUAAGAAUCGUCAAAUACCGCGCUGAUGACGAGUCGGGUUUCAAGGCAGAAGUCCAAUACCAAGACUUACAGAGUGGUUCAUCCUCAUUUUCUGGAUCAAGCCUGGGAUUCUCUACUUCCAAUUUCGGCUCCUCCUCAGUAUCUAACCUUGGAUCAUCUGGUGCAAGAUUUGAUUCUUCCUCUAGAACUAACAUCUUCCGGUUCUAA